AUGCUCAGUGCGCCUUACCGCCCGCGAGUGGUGCCUCUGCUGGCCAGUGACGGUCAACAACUCAUGGAGAAGGCGGCCGACGCGGCCGCAGGCGACUUCGGCACCUACCCGGCACUGCAACGCCCCACCAGCAACGUUCGGAAUCGGAUUGGGGGCAUGGGCUCUUCAUCAGCGGAUGACCCUCAGACAUCACCGCCGCGGUGUGGCAUCUCGUGGAAUCGCCUUCACGGCGCUAGCGCGUACAGCAGCCCACUCGGGCAUCAGUACCACGCCGAUGAGGUACCGCCGUCCUCCUCGGUAGUCGAAGCAGUGCCGUCCACGGCUGCCUCACGUCGUUACCAGCAGCUAGCAGCGCAGCACCUCUAUGGCGCAGCGGGCAGCAUCCCAGCGGCGGUGUCGGCGCCAAGUUCUAUCACACCAGCCACCAGUGGUUCUGGCGCUGCUGUCAGGAGUGUGCCCUUCUCCGAGCUGCGCUACACAGACUCGCGUGGCCACCCUCUUCCCAGUGCGCACGAGAGCGGGUGUCUGCUGCACGGAGCGAAGCGAGGCGGCGGUAGCGGCGGCCCAGCGUUAGACAACCCCGCCGUAGGCUCUAGCGGACAGCGUGGGGCCGCCACGGAGGGGUGCGCUGAAGCGAAUGAGCUGAGCGCACCCAGCACAUCGGCGAUGACGGCUGGAGAAGCAUUGCGUUCGUCUUCAGUUCAGGGGCUCGGUGAUGUUCAGUCAACGAGUGCGGUGAAGCAAUCCGCAUCCGCAUGGGAAGCCUCUCAGCUCACCCCAACGCAGUCGCGGUCGUCGACGGCGACGCCAUCGUCGAACGCAACCGUGGCCGUCACAGCAGAUGAUCGGCCACAUAGUCGCGGCAGUACGACGCGGCGUCAGCUACAGCGACAGCUCCAGCGGCAACGGUCUCGAUCGUUUCCCUCGCGCAUUAGAGCUCCAGCGACAUUCACGGCGGGCAAGCAUCCGCCGCCGCCGCGCACGGCGCACUGGGCGGUGAAGCUGAUCGAGGACUUCGUGACACAGGUGGCGGUGCAGCAAGAGUCGGCGGCGACGGCGCCGACCAUUGUGCCAUUAUACGGUGCGGCAAAUGCUUUGGGCCGGAGAGCGACCGCCGGUGGUCGCGACGCCACCACCACAACCACUGUCGCCGACCUCACUGCGACCUUCUUGUCCUCACGCUACGGGGCGCUGCAGCAGCGCCCCAUACUGCACGAGUUUGCGGCCUGCCUGCACCGCUAUCGACUACUCAGCCCCACGUGCGCGGUGUUCCGCGAGUACUUCAUCCAUGUCGACGCAGAAAACCUCGCCGAUUUCCACUUGUUCUGUCGUCUCUACGCGGCUGGCGAUAUUCAGCACUGCUCCACGGUAGAGACGCGGCGUGUGGCGCUCGCGACUGCCACCGCUGCCAGCGUGCAUACCAUCGUGUCGCGCCGCUACAUCGACGAACGGGAGGUGGGUGAUCGACUGCAGCGCAUGCUGCAGUCUGUAGUGCUGAUGGACUGCGCACCCUGCAUCGUCGUCGGGGCAGACGGUGGAGCCGCCAGCCGCGCUGCGCCAGGUGAUGUGACGAUGUCUCGUCAGCCCCGGGUGCGCGUACAGUAUCGUUACGCCCGUGAGCCUCCCACCCACACAAAGUGGGUGCCGCAACGGCGGCAUCUCACUGUUGACGAGAUCCGCAGGGUCAAGAAGGCGGUGCUUGGUUGGAUGGAAGAGGCGGCUCGCAAGGGCACUGCUGAGUGCGGCUGCGGUGCGGUGGGGCCGUACGAAGCGGCCGACACGGCAGACGACGCGUGGCCCGAGGCUGCAGGUGGGGUUGAUCUGCAGCGUGUGGCGUUUGACCGCGAGGGCGGAGUCGAUGCGUACGCGCUGCUGCAGGCCACCGUGGAGGCGGUGAAGCUGGUAUGCUGCAGCCGUCACCCUGCGCCCGAAAGACGCGACGAGGAUGCGGGGCACGUCGACGGUGGCGUCAAGCGAAUCGAAAAAGCGUCUGGGCGCUCCCAGCACCUGCAGCAGCCGUAUCAGCCGGUGAAAAGCACUGCCCGCAGUCCGCAACUGCCGCGGGAGCUGGUGUCGCCACCGUCGCAGGCCUACAUGUAUCCACUGGAGGAAGUGAGCCUGUCUCCCCCGCGGCCUCAGCACCGCAGUUCUGUGCAGCGGCCCACACAGCCCGAAGGCGAAGACGAUGGCAACGCUGAGGCUCGGUGCAUGACACAGACGCGCCAAGAGCCCUCCUCGAUGCCAUCUCGCACGUCGGUCUCCACCGGCGUCUCCGCUGCCCGUGUGUUGGCGGACAGCCUUUUGUUGUCCCCAUCCUGCAACAACGUUGUGUCACAGCGCUGCGGCAGCCGCAGCAGCAGCGGUCGUUCUCAUUCACUGCACCUCCGUCCAUCUGCCGGACAACGAACAUUUUCGCUCUCACCAUGCCGGCGGGUGGCGGCAAAGGGACGCCGUAGCAACUCGCCCGCAAGUCGAGUGCAGCAGCGGGGGCAGAACAGGGGGGAACGGGAGGUGGAGGAGAGCCGGCCUCCCUCGUCGCGCGGCGAGCCCUACACCCAUCACCCAUACGUGACACAGUUGCAUGGCAAUCAGCUGUGGGCGGAGGCACAGCGGGAGGCCGCGGCAGCGUCGCAACGGCGAGACAGCUGCUGGCGCGACCACUACCCGCGCAUCUACCCGCGUGUGCAGCGCACUCCAUCGCCUCGAAAGCCCACCAAUAGCGCAUGCGCAGCACACGCCGCCUUUGCAUUAUCAUCGUCUCCAGUGGAUGCCACCAGUGACUCCAUCGAUGCGGAGCUGCGCCGACGCCAGGCACGCGGUCGUGACGGUCACUUGAUCGAGCCACGGCAGAUGACGGCCAGCUCGGUCGAUCUCUCAUCGCGUGCAUGUGCUGCGCCAGAGGUGCUCUUCCUCGCAAACACGCAAGAGGUGCGCUGUGGUGCGCGCCCUGCUGAUGGCCUCCAGCUGCCCAGGUCGUUCUCCCCAGUUGACCCACCAGCUUCUACGGUCACGUACCCUUCGCGCAUUCAUCCUGCCGCGGCGAGGUCGUCAAGCUCUGCAGCUCCCGCGGCACGAGCAAUCCGUGCCGAUCGCAGCACAACAGUCAGCUCAUCGUUCCCUGCUCUCUCGCCGCGCACCAUGUCGUCUCCGACGGCUGCUAAGGUCGCUGUCGUCUCUGCCAGGCCUCACGUCAGCCACGAGGAGGCGGCAGCCACGGCGAGCAACGCAGUUUUGCUAACCGAUGAAGAGCGAGCAAUGCUGAAUCAGCUGGAGAUCGCCCUGAACCGACUCGACACGCAGCACCAACGCAAUCGCGUGGCCAUUGCUUCUACCGCAGCGGCUGGUGCGACCGCUGCGAGCAAGGCAUAUGCAUGA